AUGCAGCCUAGCGAGCUCCCGCAAGGAGAGACACAGGCGGAUCAUUCGGAGGCCAUUCAAAAGGCAGCUGAGAAGCUCGUUGACGUGGAAGAGAAUCAAACAGUAUUCCGACUGGAGAAAAGCUCCGUAUAUGGUAGUGCAAUCGCUUUUCCACAGAUCGCAAGAAGUUCUGGCUACAAGAGCAUGUUUGUCAGCAUAUGGAUUCGAGCUUACAUGGCACUGGCACUCAACUAUUUUGUCCAGAUGGCGCUGGUGAUGUUCGUGGGUGAAGCAACCCAGAUUAUGAAUCCUCUGGGCGGGCAGAUGCAUCUCUGUGACUUCGGUGCGGACCUGGACGUGUGCAAGGGACCGGAUGCGGAGUUCGAGCCGCGCUGCACGGGUCCGGGAGGCACCCAGUUCUCACCGUCACGCCUUUAUGGCUAUACACAGUGGGCAGUGCAGAAGUUCACCAAGCAGGCGCUUCUGGAUGUGAUGCCUGACCAGGAAGAUGUCAUCAAUGAAAAAGUUGAUCCCGGAGAAUACGGCAUGGAAAAUUCAACCUGCCGCUGGCUGUGCUUGCUUCUCUUCGUGAUGUCGGUGAAUCACGAGAUUCAAGUUUGCUUCCGCAUGCUGGCAAUGCUUUGGCAACUGCCCAGCGAUCCAGAGAAAUGCCACUGGAUCGAGAGCAACUCAAAUUCCCAGAAGUUUGUCUUUCGUAUUGCAGGAAUGCCUUGUCACUGGAAGCUGAUCACCGGCAUCGUUGUUUUCGUUCCCAAGCUGGCAUUGUGUUACUUCGUCUUGCUGGAGGGCACGACCCUUCUCUUGGACACAUCCGGAAUUUUGGACACUGUCCUCGGGGCCAUGUCGAUGGCCUUCAUCCUGGAAGUCGAUGAGAUGCUGCAUGACUCUAUGAUUACGCAUGCCGGCCGAUGGGUCCUAGACAACAUGCUGGACUUCCGAAAAGAACACCUCGCAGACAAGGAUGAAGAAGACGGCAAGCAGUAUGUGUCUUCGGCAAGGCGGUACAACUCGGACGAGAAAAAGGAUGGAACAACAAGUGAAGGUUUGUCCGCACUUCCGAGAGAAGAGCCCGGUCAGGAACGGAAGGGCAAAGACGCGACAUACGGUGAUCUCUUCAGGCAGGUGGUGCCACUACGCCUCAUCAUGACCCUUGUGGUUAUGGCUAUCUUCACCGAGCGUUACUAUCGGUUCAAGUGCGUCUACAAGGACGAAUUGGGCAUGUGGGUCUCCAAAGACAUGUACACGCCGCAGAGAGCCUCUUACGGGCUCACCGAUUUCAUGUUCAACGGCUUCUUCAACACGGUGGGACAUGACAGCAACUCGCCAUUCUGGAGUAUGCCGACGCCUCCGCAUCUACUGAAAUGA